AUGGUCCGGGGGAAAGAGGAUGUCAAUUUGUUUCCUUCUGACAUCUUUCCCAACAUGAAAUGGCUGAGGUAUCUGAGGGAGCAGGGACGUGACUUUGAGCGUUUUCUGCUUCUGUCCCUAGGUUUUAGUCUUAGGAGCCCUCGACCCCAUGAUUUUGUGGACCAACUCUCUCAGGGAGAGGUUGCUGUCUAUACUGCUGCCUUUAGAUUGGGUCUUAGAUUUCCUUUGCUUCCCUUUGUGAUGGACGUCCUAGAGGGUUAUUGCCCCUUCCUCUCGCUCUCCCCAGGGAUGGUUCACCCUUUACAGCCGUGGGAGCCCACUUCGUCAGCUAUGAAGAAGCGUCCUGCAUCUUCGACGGUGGCUCCUAAGCCAAAGCGGCCCUUCUUUAAGAAGAUGGGUACGGCCGAUGCUGCAACAAAGCCGUCGCUGUCAAAACCAUCUGCUCCUCUGGCUGGGGGAGAGGUUCUCCUUAACCAGGCGUCCAUUCCUCCGUCUGAGCAUAAGGAAGUCUCUCCCCAGGUGGACACCGAAGGAGAUUCCGCUGCCAGAGCGGCUGCUGACGAAGUAGCGGCCGACCAGGCUGAGGCUGCUGAAGCCACCACCUCGUCCAAGGAGGACAAGGGUAAGGGCAAGGAGGCUGACGCUCCUUCUACUGAUAACGCCUCCACGCCUCCUCCGGCUUCGUCGAUUGUUGAUAUGUUCAAACGGACGCGGCGUGCUGAGGUGGCGAGCAUCCCCCCUUCUGACGGUUUUAGCUCAGAGGCGAAAGAUAAGAUCCUUUCGGACGUGUAUGCGGCCAUUCCUGAGGAGUAUGUGAGGUCACUUCCCGGGAUUGACUUGGGAUUCUUUGGGUCCAUUCAGUCCCUCGUACUUGAUCUCUUAAUCCGCUGUGCCGAGAGUAGGAACUAUCGCUUCGAUAUGCAUAAUGAGACGCUCAAGCAUAAGGACCAGAUUGAGAAUCAUGAGAAGUAUGCUGAGAGGACGGCCAGAUUGAUCAACGUGGACGCGGAUGCGAAGAUUAAGUCCGAAACGGACGCUCUGAAGAAGGCUGAGGAGGACGCCCAGAAUUACGAACAGAAAUUGCUGGAGCAUGAGGAGAGGCUGGCCGUGCUGAGAAAGGAGUACUCCUCCGUCUCGGAGCGGGUGACCAAUUUCUCAUCCAAGGUGAACGUCCUGGAGGGUCAGCUCAAGGCUAUGCAGGGUGAGAUUGAAGCCGUGCACAAAGAGGCAGCGAGCUCUUUCAAAUUAGGCGAAGAGUCCAUCUUGGAGAAUGCCCAAAGGGCAUGGGAUCAGUCUAUGGAUGGGAAGGACUUUUCCUGGUUCAAACGUCGCAUCUCCUACCAGAUGGCCGUUUCGACGACUAGACGCCUAGGCUUAGAUCCCCCUGAGUUCGUUAGCGACGGGGAGGAGGAGGACAUGGAGGAGGAAGAAGUGAACUCCCCUGAAGGCCAAGACGUCCAGGACGGGAGUUCAACUGCCCCUCAUCCUUGA